AUGAGACUUGAAGUCACCGCUAAUCGGGCUUUUCGAGAAAUGCAACCCGGCAUGUACUACAUUGAAAAUGGUGAUUCGGAAGUUUACGGUUACGUGAUUAUGAACGACAUUGGGGAGACUUCGUUGGAAAAGCUCGGAUGGUUCCGUUUUGUUGACGGUGAAUGGGACAUCAGACGAGGAUCGAUUAAUAUUCGCCAAGCCCAUAAUGUGUACUUCACCAAUUGCCUUGAACAGACCUACUACACAGCAUUCGAUGCUAAUUACUUUGUGUUGAACAACAAUGACGGAAAAGCACUCCAUAUCGACAUGGGCAGAUCCAUGUCUUCGGACCCAUGGAUCGAUUCCGCCACAUAUACAGACCGAGCCGUUGUUGUACAACAUGCCGAGGGGCUGUCUGUCACUAUGCAUGUGAUAACAGAAACUCGUCCGAAAAUCCAGCGACAUUCAUCCGAACUUGCUGAUUUUUCGGGUACAAUACACGUGGACGAGAAAAGCAAUUACUACUUGAAUAUCACAUUUUUUGAAGCUCGUGGGACCAUCCUGGGUAGCAUCUAUACGAACGAAACAAGAUCACAACUGCAGGGACGCGUUCACGUCCCAAUAGCGUCCAGUAAAAAAGCGAAUGUUACGACGCGAAUUUCGCUGGCUGCCUCGUUCAAUGGCACUCAAUAUGUUUGUUUUCAUCCAAAAGACGAUCCCAAUGAAGAAAUCUGCCACUGGAUGAGGUUCCUUGCCAAACCGUUGAGGAAGACUGAUACGCAGGGCGAUGGCAAAUUUUACAAAGCGAAAGGAUUGUGCUCUGGGUAA